UAGUUUGUAUACUAAGGCAGUAUUAACUAUUAACUAUGUAGGUAUUCCAUUUUCAUAUGAAAUACCUAUUCUUAAAAAGUAAAACAAAACCACUGUCGCAUGACCGUCACUGGUCUAUCAACGAUUUCUUACUACUUACUUUUUGUUCGCAAAGACAAUACUCAUACUUGUCUAUGCUCAAGCGGGAUAUGAUAUAAAAUUAACACGAGUAAAGUAGAAUAAUAUUAAGACGAAAGUGACGUCAGUAUCUCGAAGACCCAUUUCUAAGAACAAAUAAGUUUUAAAAAUAGACGCCCAGUGUUGAGUUUUUGGUCUAACUUUUGCGUUUUCCUAAGUCAUGGCAAAAGGCAAAAAGAAACGUAACCGGCAAAGUUCUAAUGUGCCUGUUCCAGACCCACUUAGUGUCAAUGAUUCAUCAGAUUCGAGUGAAAUUAGAAAUCUCAAAGAAAGUACAAACAGUCUCAAGCACCCUUGUACUCAUGUCAAUAAAGCUAUAAAUUUAAAUACUUUGCGAAAACGAUUACAAAAAGCUGUACUAUUAUGUGCCGAUUGUAAAAAUAACAAUUUGCAAGAACUUUACGUUUGUGCACAGUGUGGAAUAUUGAGUUGUUCUAAUUUAGAAAGCAAUCAUAUACGUAGACAUCAAGAUACCCCAAGGAGUGAUUCGCAUUCCAUAGCUAUUAAUAUUGAUAGUUUAGUCAUUUCAUGUAACGAUUGUAAAAAAGAAUUACAAUUAAUUAGUUCUAAAAAACUCCAAGGAGUUGUAAAUUUAAUAAAGCCUAUGAAAGAAGCACAAGCAGGUAAACAUAAAAUGGAUGAACUUCAAAAUCAGGGAUGUCUUACUGAGGCAGACGCUCAGCCUGAAAACACUUUUUCAGCUAGCCCUCCAAAAAUGUGUAAUGGCAUUGCAAAGUCAGAUGAAGAAGACGAUGAUGGUGAUGAUGAUGACGAACCACUAUCCUUAAAAAAAUCAAGUGAACCAUCUAGAAAUAUUAUAAAUAAUAUUCGUUUUAAAAGACCUAGAGGCUUAAACAAUUUAGGCAACACCUGUUUUUAUAAUUCUGUAUUGCAAUGCCUUGCACAAACUCCGUUUUUGAAAUCUGUGUUACGUGAAAUUAGUGAACACGGUGAAAAAGUUUCAAUUACGUUAGAUAAUGAAGAUAUUACUGUCGAACUAGAGAAAUGGAGUGGUUUAACAGAAAAUUUAUUUACAACUCUUGAAGAAAUUACCAAUGAACGAGAAUCUACAUUUAAUCCCAGUGCUCUGUUAGAUUCAUUACGAAAAAAAUGCAAAAUGUUUAUAGGAUAUAGUCAACACGAUUCACAUGAAUUAUUACGUCAUCUUUUAGAUUCUGUGCGUGAUGAUGAUCUUAAGCGUUAUCAAAGGUCAAUAAUUCAUCACUCUGGACUAUCUAUGAGGCAAGACCCCAGUGAAAUUGAUGAAAAAAAAGCUGCUAGGCUCAAAGAAAUGAACAAAAAGCUACAACAGCUCGUCCUCUUACGGCCAGAUCAUGUAUUUAAAGGUCAACUUCUUAGUGUUGUACAAUGCCAAACGUGUGGUCAUAUGUCUGAAGUAACUGAGAGUUUUCUCGACUUGAGCUUGCCAAUCACGGCUGAUAAGACACAAGCACCAACUUUUCAACGUAAGAAAGAUGGUGAUAUGUAUAAUCAGUCAAAAUACCAAACAAAAAAGGAACGUAAAAUUGCAAUAAAGCAGGCAAGAAGAAAGAAACACGAACAUAAACAGUUCCAUAACAAAGUUCAGGAUAAUUUAGUUAUUAAUGAUGAUGCGGAUGUUGAAGACAAUAUGGAAGUUGAAACUAAUGAUGUUGAAAUUAACUGGAAAAAAGAAAAUCCAGAAUCCGGUUAUGGUUCUGAAAAACAGCCAUCUACUGUCACCAGUCCUGCACUUAGUAUAUCUGAACUUACUACACUUAUGAAUAAUACUCCACUGGCUGACCCUGAUCACCAAAUUAAUGCUGACCGAACUUUGGAUUUAGAAAAGCCAAUGGAGUUAGAUUCUGUUCUGCAUGGUAGUCCAGCAAAUAGUCCAAGUUCACCUCAUGGAUCGUCCCUUGAUUCUAUACGAGCAAACGUCAGUCCAGAUUAUAUGGAUGUAGGAACAGAUAGUGCUAAUGAAAAUCAAGAGCGUAACAAUCCAACGCCAAAUGUUAGUGACAAUAACAGUGAUGAUGAUCUAUUUGAUGAUUCUAAAAGUGAAGAAGAUGAGAAUAAUGAAGACGGUGAAUUCUCCCAAGAAUGCCCACAAGCAACUUUGCAACCACGACCUAAAUGUAAAGAAGGUGAAUGUUCCGUUUUGACAUGUCUUAAUCAAUUCACUGCAUCUGAAAUAAUGACUAGUAAUAAUAAAGUAUCAUGUGAAAAAUGCACUGAAAUAUACAAAAAAAAAACUAAUGAAGAAAAAACAAUUUAUCGUCAAAGUACCAAACAAAUGUUAAUUAGUUCACCGCCUGCGAUCUUAAUAUUACAUUUAAAGAGAUUCCAAAUGUGCUAUUCUACAACCAAAAAGUUAGCACGGGAUGUGUCAUUUCCAUGGGUGUUAGAUAUUGCUCCAUAUUGUUCUGUUAAGUGUCAAGAUAAGCUAAGUCCAGGCCAAAAUCGAAUAUUAUAUUCACUUUACGGAGUAGUGGAACACAGUGGUUUCUUGCACGGUGGACAUUAUGUUGCUUAUGUAAAAGUAAGAGAUCAAGUUAAGAAAGACAGUUAUCGUAAUACAUUUUUAGAAGGCAGCAAGACCAUGCCACCUAAAAUAAUUGAUAGUGUUGAUGAUGCUUCACAAUUAGCACCAAGUGGUAGUUGGUUUUACAUCAGUGAUAGUUCUGUACGACCUGUGACACCAAAUGAUGUACAAAACUGUCAGGCCUAUUUAUUGUUUUAUGAGCGUAUUUUAUAAUACAUGUGUAUUAGUAUUGAUUGACAUUAACAAACUAAUCGCAGAAAAAUGUUUCAAUGGUUGCUUUGUUUGGUCAAUAAACUUAAUUUAAUUUGUAUUUCUUCGAGUUGCAUUACUCAAAUUAUUGUAAAUAAUUAUUUUGUUGAUGAAUUUUUAAAAUGUUUAAUUUAAUUCAUUUUCCAAAUAUUAUCGCCGA